GAAAAGUGUGAGCUGUUACUGUGUUAGUUACUCAUCAUGACGUGGUUGGCUGUGCAUCAGCUAUCACACAGUUGUUGCUUUUUAAAUAGAAGUAAAUAAAUUGCUAAAGUGAGGCUUUCACCCCAAAGCGGCUUUGAGCUUUUCUACAGUGAGGUAUUUUGCUGCAGCAGUUUAUUAGGAGAUCUAGGAGACCUUGUGAAAAGACCUGGUUUCCUGCCCUGAUAGCUGCCUUGCUGACCGCUGCGAGGAUGUCCGAGUCGGUGAGGAAGACCUUCAGCAGCCGCCUGAGCACAGUGAUGGAGACCCUGCUCCGGGCCGCCGUCUUUGAGAUCACCAGGAUAUUUGAGAGCACCCUGUGCGACUCUCAGCUGGAGCUGGCGCGGAGCAGGAAUGAGAUCGAUGCCCUCAAGCGUCGGCUGGAGGCCUCGGAGAAGCACGUGAGAAUUCUGGGGGAGGCCGGAACGAUGAAGAGAGCGGGUCGGGUUCUGGGUCCUGUUGGGUGCGCUCCUGCUUCCGGUGCAGGUGGAGAACUGGCGGCGCCUCGACCCGGGGGGCUUGCAGGCAAGAGACCCCCUCUCGCAGGGGAUAAGCUCCCGCUGGGGGACGGGAACCUGCAGAACGGCCCCAAACAACCUAAGAGGGCGAAAGAUGAGGGGCAAAGGGCGGAGUCUGCCAAAUUUCGAGAGACAGAUGCCGAAGUAGUCUCUGUCAUAAUCAAAGAGGAGGUGGUGGAGCAAGGUUCGGAUCCGGUGGUCGAGAUCAGGUGUGCGGAGAAGUCCGGUCCAGGGGUCAGAGCGGGACACGUUUCUGAAGUUCCCAAAGAGGGGAGUCGGCAGGGGUUGCAGGUGAAGAUGGAGCCUACGCCAAACCCAACUGUAUCACCACGCUUAUCCCCCACAAGGGGGCCCAGUGCUCUGAGAAGGACCUGCGUCCAAGACUGCAGCCUGCAGGGCUUCAAUGGCCUGAGGAGCGACAGGAGACAACCUGGACAGGGAUGUCCCGAGACCCCCCCUGCAUCCCUACGAGAGCACGGGGAUGCGGGGGAAGCGCUGCAGUGCGGCAUUCAAACGUGCCGCCUGACCAGUGUCCAGCAAAGAUGCACUCGGGCAGAGCUUUCCAAGCAUCCUCCUGACAGUGGGACUGCCGCCUUUGGGCCAUAUCAGCCCUGUCUGCUAUCGGUCCGUGAGAUUUCAGGGGUAAACAGGGCUGCGGAGAGCCUCCAAGCGCAGUAUACGGUAAAACAAGGGAAGGCGACCACCCCGAUCCAACCCCAGAGGCAAUCUGUGCACAGCGCUGCGGGAGAGAGGCCGUACUCCUGCAGCCUGUGUCUGAAGGGCUUCAUUAGCCCCUCCCAUCUCAACAUGCACAUGCGAGUGCACACAGGAGAGAGACCGUAUUGCUGCCCCCAGUGCGGCAUGAGAUUCGCUCAAAAGGGCAACCUGAGGGCCCACCAGCGACAGGUGCACCAGGGCAAGAGGCCAUUCCCAUGUCCCGAGUGCGGGAAGCGGUUCACAAAGCGGGGCAACCUCAGGACCCAUCAGCAGCAGGUGCACCUGGGCAAGAGACCGUUCCCGUGUACAGAGUGCGGGAAGGGCUACUUCUCUCAGAAGGACCUGAAAGUCCACCAGCGUGUCCACGGAGCAGAGUAGACUGUGCCGUCGCUCCUGAAUCCUGUAACUUGGGACGUUAAGGGAACGGCACCUUAAACUCAAGUAACCUGUGUGUGUAUCUAGCAAGAGAAGAAAUGCAAUGAAACUUGUGGGAAAAGAGCCUGUAGAUUCAUGACAUACUACUUUUGGUUAGUAAAAUGCUACAGUUGGCAGUCCAUAAGAAUUACAUAGUCUUUUGUGGAAACAUGAUUUCUGCUAAAGGGCUGAAUUUGCAUUAAAUGACCCCCCUGCUCUGCCUGGCGAAUGUCACAUCAACGUGUUUCAAGUUCUAUUGAAGGAUGGACUGGCUCCUCACCUUAUGUACACAAGUGAGAUCAAAUCUGUUUGCAACCAGAUUUGUCUGUAAAUUCAAAGUGACACGUACCAGCAAGUAAAAAUUUAAUAAGCUUAAUAUAGAUAUGCUUCCAUUUGUUCACAGCUUCUGUGAAGACCUCCUAAAGCUAUAAUGAAUUUAAAAAAAUUACAUGUUUUAACUUCAAAAUUACUUAAAAUUGACAAUCACUGAACUUAAAUGUCCAUACCCUAUUGCAACAUUCUUCAUUUUGUUAUUGAUCAUCACUAGUGAGUGGUGCUGUAAGCACUGGAAUGUCAGUGUAAAUGUAAAAUAAGGUGAGUUAUCCUGUAAUCUGUUUGGGGGCUGUUUGCUACAAACUAAGAUCUGAAUGUGGAAAAUCUGGUUGUUUUCUUGCUGCAUCAGGCAGGAAUUUUAGAAGAUGGAUCGGGGGGGAUAAAACAGAACUAAACUGGAAACUGGUGAUAUUUUUGAAAAUGUGUAAGCGAAGGUGCCAGUGCAGUGGCUUUCUUGUAUGACAUGCAGUGCCCUAGACAACAAUUCCAACUGCUACCUUAGCAAUUACUUUAGUUUAAUUUUAUGGUUUAAUAUCACAGGGAGGUAACUGCAUUUCAUUGUAUAUCUGUUUUUGGGUAAUGACCGGUUUAAGAAAAGCUUGCCGACGUGAAUGUCGCACACAGUGACUUGAUCAAUAGUGCUGGUGCCAUUGAACCAAAUACUAGAGUAUAGUCCAGUUGUUGAACCUGACACUUUGUUAAAAAUGUGAACAAGCAGGGAACAUGCAGAGAACAUUCAAAGUGAUAACUGAAGCCACUUUACAACUGCUCAUUAAUGUUGGAAUGUACAAUGUCAUUUAAACUUACAUUAUUCUCAAUGCAGUUGAGUAAACACUGUACACCGUUUAGAGAAACCAAAGGUCUGGGUAUGAUGCACUGGGUAAUUGCUGACCAAGUAAAUAAAUAAA